UUCCACUCUUAGUAACAUCCCUCGUCUACUGCCAUACUCUCAGUAUUUCUAUUCACAAUAGCUACUAUUCGCAUUAUGUUCACUGUUGAUCCUACUGUAUGUCUAUUCAGUAACCAUAAUACUGAUUAACUGUACGGGAGAAAAUAAGGUAAAAUUAUCGUUUCGGUCAUCCACCUAUUUGGAUUAUAUGUUCAAAACACCAAAAACCUAACCUAACCUAAACUUUAAAUCCUGUAAUUCGUUGGGUGACCAAAACGAUAAUAAUACCCCUAACCAAUGUAAUGUAACCUAACCUAACCAACCUAAUCUAGCCACAGAACCCAGGAACUAUAUCUAACCUAACUGGGUGGGCUUUGCCAUCCCGGACCCCCCCAUUUCUGGUGGGGGGCUUGGCCCGGGUGAGUGAAACUAAAGUAAUACUGAAAAUAAGGCACAGUAUAUUGUUAAGUUCAUUUAGAAUAGCUCAAGAUAUGGAAAUAGUUGAACAGAUGGUUAGCCUGUGUUUCCAAACGGUGUAGUCUAAAAUUCCCCAAAUCCAGGGGCAAAAAUCUGGUACUUGCUGCCACUAUGUGCAAUCAAAGUUGAAACAAUGUUUUUCCUAUGGUUUUUGAUGUGGAAAAAGUUUUGAAUCUAACCAAACCUAACCUAACCGGAGGGGCUCCACAUUAAUUCUAUGUUCUGGGUGUGUUCCGCUACGUAUGAACAUAUAUAAUAAAAUGUUCAAUAUCUCUCAUACAUAAUUAAUACCAGAAAUGCCAUUGAAGAAAAGUGUCAUAGAAUUGCCCAAAUACCAGAUUGAAACUAUUAAAUUCACGAGAUUCGUUUAGUGGCAACAAGUGAAAGGUAAAUUAUCAUACUUAAUAAAAUGUUAAAUAUCUCAUAUAGAGACGUGAAAUUACUCCCAUUUGAUGAGCGUUCACAUUAUUUUUACCUCAUUAUUUCCCUCUUUUUUGCCCUACCCACCAUUAAGUAAUUUAUGAUCAAGGGAUAGGCUAAAAAGAAAAGAAACUACAAUGUUGUUGCUUUGAUUUUAUUACUCAGUAUCAUCCAAACAACAUCUGAAAAUUGGGUGCAAUUCCAGAGAGUUCUUCCGGUAAUAACGGUCUCCUCCACUUUUGUCUACCCUUUCCACAGUUGAUAUUAAUUAAUAAAAACAAUACAACAACUUUUUCCUUUAAUUAUAUUUAUUUUUAUUUUUUCGUUUUCUCUAUGUAUGAUCAUAAAUCGCCUGUAGUGGACGGGGCAUGAAAGAUGAAGGAAAUUGCAGUGUAAAUUGUGGCAAAAAUGGAACCUAUUAAUACCUGGACCAUCGUGAGAAUAAGGUUGAAAUACAGGACUAGUGGAUGCAAAGUAACUUAGUGACAUGGCAGCUUCUCUUCACACACUCUCUUCAUCACAUGAUGACUCUGAUGACAGCUUGCCUGAUCUGGAAACCCGCUUGAAGCCAUUGUUGGUACAACCUCUUCACACCAAGCCAACUUUUUACACAUUAAGCAGUGAUGGGGAGAGUGAUUUUAAUGAGGAAAAUAAGAAAGGGAUCGAGAAUGAUGAACCUCUUGUCAUUAACACAAAGUUAAAACGAACAACAAACUCGGUAGUACCUGAUGAUUUCGAGGAGGAACUACCAGUUAUCCAUGAAUUCACGUUCUUGACCUCCAGCUCCAGAGUUACAACUGAUGGAAAUGUAGAUACGAGAGAGGAAAAUUUUUUUUGCCAUCCUCAAAAAAAAUUUCGGUCAGAAAUUGUUAGGGAACAGAAAAAAGACAACCGAAAGCAGCGAGAAGCCGCCAAACAGAGACGAGCUGUUGAGAAAGCCGAAGCCAAGGCUCAAAGAGAUGCAGAGAAAGCCUAUAAACAUGCCAUGAAGCCAGGAGAAUGUAUAAAGCACGUAAUAGUCCAGCUGGACCGUCAGCUGCUGGAGCUUGCAGAAGGAAGCCAAGUAAUAAGCCAACUACAGACUGGAGGCAUUCGCUACCGCAUUGUUGAUUCUGCUGUUGCUGCUGCUGCAACAAUAGUGAGGGUUGACCCAGUCACUCGACAGGAAACACCAGCAGAAGAAGCGGUAGUUAUAAUGGCUGUAAAUGAUUUUGUUGAGGUAGUUAAAAAACAAGUGUACGAAGAUGGAGUGGAAGGCUUAUGCCACCAGUCCCGCAAGUGGAAAAGGUCAUUUAACAAUGCCAAUUUAACACUUGUUGUUUGUGGUGUUGAAGUUUACUUAAGAAAUAAGAAGACGCACAGCCAGCAAAAUUUCCGAUCUGCUGUGCUAGGAGGGACUACAAAACCAAUGAGAGGAAGAAAACAGAAAUCUGGAGGUGAAUUCCAUAACAGCACUGCAACUUGUGUGAGCAGAGUUGACAUAGAGACUGCUCUUGUGACUGCACAGCUUGAGUGUGGUCUUAAUCACAGGUUAAUGGCAGAUGCCAGUGGAGUUGCCACUUUCAUCUUGCAGAUUACCAAAGCUGUAGCUGAAGCACCUUUCAAACAUGAAAAAGGUGAACCAUCAUUUUCAUGGUAUGCAGAAGGUAGCAGUAUAAAUGCUGUGAAGAUUGAUAAAUCAGGAGUUGGAUUACUAAAGCUCUGGCACCAACAGCUUCGGCAGUUUAACAAUGUUGGUGUUGAGGUUGCACAGGCUAUUGCUAGCAAGUAUCCUUCUCCUUGUGCUUUACUGCAGUCUUACAGGAAGUGCCUCAUGCCACAAGAAGCAUCACUUCUCCUUGCAGAUAUUCCUGUACGAAGGGGAGCUGGUCCACUUACAUCCUCAAGAAGAGUUGGUCCAGAACUGUCCAAGAAGAUCCAUUUAUUUCUAACCACAAAAGAUUCUGAAGUAAGUUUAGGACAGACAACAUGAAUCAUCAUCAACAUUGUUGGAAUGUAUUUUAAAUAAUAAAGUUUAAACUUUU